GUGGGUCUCAAAGCAGGGGUGUUGUUGCAUCAUCAUAUUUUUAGCAAGAAAAUCUAAAGACAAGUCUUUGAACAUACUCUUCUCCCCUCCUCCGGUCGGUAGAAUAGAACCCUUCUUCCCCUCCUUCAACCUACCUCUAGGUAUCGAAAAGCAGAAAACAAGGCUUUUUUCUAUGAUCGUGUCUGUUGCUGAACCCAGAAAGGAAACAAGAACUGGGAUGCCAUGGCCAUGGGAAUAUGAAAGGAAAGAUAUCUGCAAACAGAAUCUCUUUUAGUACACUAUUUGUGUAGUUUUUAGUCUUUUUUUUUGGGGGGCAAAGAAAUCCGUUCUACCAAUUUUUAGUGUUUUAAAGAAAAAGGGAGCAUGGGAAAGCAACAAAAGUCGUUAAGGAGCAAAGCAGUCCACUUCGUGUCUGAUCUCACCACUGUCAUCCUUAAUCCUAUCUCUGAUAAACCCUCCAAGCAUCCCACUCCUCUUCCUCAUCCUCCUCCUGAAGAUGUCAGUGAGUCAAAAAGGAGUCAGCUAGAGUUCGUUACUGAAGAGGAUACAGGGCACUUAGUUGAGGAGCCUGAUACUUCUUCGUUUACUGCAUUCUUAUACUCUUUGUUAUCGUCCUCAGGGUCUGGAAAUAAUCCAAAAUUGGAUGAGCAAAAUGAUCAUUCAGCACAAAUGGGUGACCAGCUAUCAGAGAAUGUAGCAAAAGAGAGUGGCACAAAAAAGGGGUUAUUUUCAAGGGGCAAACAAACUCUAAGAGCUAUUUACCAAGCUACAAGAAUUGGUGGAAAUCGGAGCCAAGAAAGCAAGGGUAAUUCAGACUUGAAAAAUGUUGACGAGAAUGAUGAUUUUGGUGGACUUGAGGUGAAGAGCAUGCCGAAGCAGAACAUGAAAGAGCCUGUUGCUUUGGGAGAUCUUCCAGACAUAUCUGAACCUUCAUUGCUUCUUUCAGAGAAAGAAAGAAGCACCCUUUAUGUUUCCCUUCCAGCACUUGUUCAAGGGAGGAAAUGGUUAUUGCUCUACAGUACAUGGAGGCACGGGAUAUCUCUUUCAACCUUGUAUAGAAGAAGCAUGCUUUGGUCUGGACAUAGCUUGCUGGUUGUUGGAGAUCGCAAGGGGGCAGUAUUUGGUGGCUUGGUUGAAGCUCCGCUAAGGCCAACCAACAAGAAAUAUCAGGGAACGAAUAGCACAUUUGUUUUCACAAAUAAACCUGGUCAUCCUGUUAUAUUCCGUCCUACAGGUGCUAAUCGUUAUUUCACUUUGUGCUCCACUGACUUUCUUGCAAUUGGUGGAGGUGGCCGCUUUGCACUCUACAUGGACAGUGAUCUAUUAAAUGGAUCAAGUUCGGUCUCGGAAACCUAUGGGAACCCUUGUCUUGCACACACAGAAGACUUUGAAGUUAAGGAAGUUGAGUUGUGGGGCUUUGUAUAUGGUUCAAAGUAUGAGGAAAUACUUGCUUUAAGCAGAACUGAGUCUCCUGGGAUUUGUCGGUUUUGAACGUUCAAGAAUGGGACAGAGCUCAUUCAUUAUGACGUGGAUCAAGUAGUUUGUUUGACACUACUGAAUGAUGCUGAAUGCCAAUCCAUUGCACAUCUCAAAUGGAAGUCGGUACAUGUAAAGAAUCAUUUACCAUCAACCUUUGUACACAGAUGUUCAACCCUUGAACCAAGAGUGCUUUUUAACCUUUUCACUAUCCAGUUUUUUAAUGUAAGCUGGAUUUGACAGUAAUGACUGAUAAUACAACAAAGAAGAACACAUAUGGCACUGCUAAAUGUAGAUCAAAGUUUGUAAAUA